AUGCCGCGGGGCCGCCCCCCGAAGCCCAAGGAGAGCAAGGCGCGCGGCGACACCGGUAAGCGGCCCCGGCCCGGCCGCGCUGUGCCGCUCCGCGCGAAUAUAGUCCCCCGAAGCGGCGCGGUGGGCGCCAGGAGCGGGCCCGGCCGGGGGCGGCGGAGCUGGCUGGGGUUGGGGGCCGGGGGCCGGGCCCGGGCCGGGUUGCUGAAGUUCACGGGCAUGGGAGCCGGGCUGCAGCGCCCGCGAGUUUCCGCGGGAGAGGUGUCCCUGGAGAACAGUCCAGAUGGAGUUUUGACAUUGAAUGCGGAGAACACUAAUUAUGCCUGUCAAGUUCCGAGCUUCCAUAAAUGUGAAAUCUGUCUGCUAUCUUUUCCAAAAGAGUCCCAGUUUCAACGCCACAUGAGGGAUCACGAGCGAAAUGACAAGCCACAUCGAUGUGACCAGUGCCCCCAAACCUUUAAUGUUGAGUUCAACUUGACACUUCACAAAUGUACCCACAAUGGGGAGGAUCCUACCUGUCCUGUGUGUAACAAGAAAUUCUCCAGAGUGGCUAGUCUCAAAGCACAUGUUAUGCUGCAUGAAAAGGAAGAGAACCUCAUCUGCUCUGAGUGUGGGGAUGAGUUCACCCUGCAGAGCCAGCUGGCCAUCCACAUGGAGGAGCACCGCCAGGAGCUGGCUGCGAACCGGACUCACGCCUGCAAGGCCUGCAGGAAGGAGUUCGAGACGUCAUCACAGCUGAGGGAGCACAUGAAGACGCAUUAUAAAAUUAGGGUGUCAAGUACAAGGUCUUAUAAUCGGAACAUUGACAGGAGUGGAUUCACGUAUUCAUGCCCACACUGUGGAAAGACGUUCCAAAAGCCAAGUCAGUUAACUCGGCAUAUUAGGAUACACACAGGUGAAAGACCAUUUAAAUGUAGCGAAUGUGGAAAAGCUUUUAACCAGAAGGGGGCGCUGCAAACUCACAUGAUUAAGCAUACAGGUGAAAAACCCCACGCCUGUGCCUUUUGUCCUGCCGCUUUUUCUCAGAAGGGGAAUCUCCAGUCACACGUGCAGAGAGUCCACUCAGAGGUCAAGAAUGGCCCUACCUAUAAUUGUACAGAAUGUAGUUGUGUAUUUAAAAGUUUAGGUAGCCUGAACACUCAUAUCAGCAAGAUGCAUAUGGGUGGGCCACAGAAUUCAACAAGUGCUGCAGAGACUGCUCACGUUUUAACGGCCACGCUGUUUCAGACUUUACCUCUUCAGCAGGCGGAAGCCCAGGUCACAUCUGCUCCGAGUCAGCAGAGUUCCCAGGCGGUGGCUGAUGUCAUCCAGCAGCUGCUGGAGCUGUCAGAGCCGGGGCCUGCGGGGUCCAGCCAGCCCCCUCAGGCUGGCCAGCAGCUGAGCAUCACGGUGGGGGUCAGCCAGGACAUCCUGCAGCAAGCCUUAGAAAACAGUGGGCUGUCUUCAAUUCCAGUUGCAGCGCAUCCCAGCGACCCCAGCCACGCCAAGGCCGCGGCCGCUCAGGGCCAGACUCCAGACGCUCCCAGCGUUUCAGGGGAGCCAGCUGACCCUACGGCCGCAGAGCGGGCAGAAGAACAGGAGAGCCCAGAGAAGUUGGAUAAAAAAGAAAAAAAGAUUAUAAAGAAGAAAUCGCCGUUUCUACCUGGGUCGAUCCGUGAGGAGAACGGUGUGCGAUGGCACGUGUGUCCCUACUGCACCAAGGAGUUCCGCAAGCCCAGCGACCUGGUGCGCCACAUCCGCAUCCACACCCACGAGAAGCCCUUCAAGUGCCCGCAGUGCUUCCGGGCCUUCGCCGUGAAGAGCACGCUGACGGCCCACGUCAAAACACACUCGGGCGUCAAGGCGUUCAAGUGCCAGUGCUGCAUGAAGAGCUUCUCCACCUCGGGGAGCCUCAAGGUGCACGUUCGCCUGCACACAGGAGUCAGACCUUUUGCUUGUCCUCACUGUGACAAGAAAUUUCGAACCUCAGGCCACAGGAAGACUCACAUUGCUUCUCACUUUAAACACACGGAGUUAAGAAAGAUGAGGCACCAGCGUAAACCUGCAAAAGUUCGUGUUGGCAAGGCGAACGUUCCAGUCCCCGAUAUUCCUCUGCAGGAGCCGAUCCUCAUAACAGACGUAGGUCUUAUCCAGCCCAUUCCAAGAAACCAGCUUUUUCAAAGUUAUUUUAAUAAUAAUUUUGUAAAUGAAGCAGAUAGACCGUACAAGUGUUUUUACUGUCAUCGUGCCUAUAAAAAAUCUUGCCAUCUUAAACAACACAUCAGAUCACAUACAGGUGAAAAGCCUUUUAAAUGUUCUCAGUGUGGAAGAGGCUUUGUUUCUGCAGGAGUGCUCAAAGCACACGUCCGAACGCAUACGGGACUUAAAUCUUUCAAGUGUCUGAUAUGUAAUGGAGCUUUCACUACUGGUGGUAGCUUACGGCGACAUAUGGGCAUCCAUAACGACCUUCGUCCCUAUAUGUGUCCCUAUUGCCAGAAAACAUUUAAGACCUCACUAAAUUGCAAAAAGCACAUGAAAACCCAUAGAUUUGAGCUUGCCCAGCAGCUCCGGCAGCACCAGCAGGCCUGCCCGAUAGACGACGGCGCCGUGGACCAGCAGGGCAUGCACGUGCCCACCCAGGUGCAGGUGGAGAUUGAGAACGCCGCGCUGCAGCCGACCGCUGAGGCCGUGGCCGACAACCCCGGGGCUGUGCUGGACCUGGGCCCUCCCGCCGGCGUGGAGGCGGGGCUCGGCCAGCAGAUGGCGGGUCAGCCUUUGGAAGCAGAUGAAGACAGGCUUGUGGUCCCGCAGCACACUCUGGAAGGGCACGUGGGCCAGUACGAGGAGCAGGCUCCCCCGCCGCAGCCCUUCGAGCCAGCGGGUCUGUCACAGGGUUUUACAGUGACUGAUACAUACAAUCAACAGACUCAGUUUCCACCCGUCCAACAGUUACAAGAUUCUAGCACACUGGAGUCUCAAGCCCUGUCCACGAGCUUCCAUCAGCAGAACUUACUUCCGGUUCCUAGCUCUGAUACGAUUAGUGUAACAAGUCGUUUGAUUCAGGAGUCAUCCCAGCAGGAGCUGGAGCUGCAGGCACCACGUCCGCCGUUCCUGGACGACAGCGAGGAGCAGAGCCGGCGCUCCUACAGAUGUGACUAUUGCAACAAAGGCUUUAAGAAAUCCAGCCACUUGAAGCAGCACGUGCGGUCACACACCGGGGAGAAGCCCUACAAGUGCAAGCUCUGUGGACGUGGCUUCGUUUCCUCUGGGGUCCUCAAGUCCCACGAGAAGACACACACAGGAGAAAAGGCGUUCAGCUGCAGCGUCUGCAACGCUUCCUUCACAACCAACGGCAGCCUCACCAGGCACACGGCCACGCACAUGAGCAUGAAGCCCUACAAGUGUCCGUUUUGCGAGCAGGGCUUCCGAACCACAGUUCAUUGUAAAAAGCACAUGAAGAGGCACCAGACGGUCCCCUCGGCUGGGUCGGCACCGGGAGAGGCAGAAGGAGGAGAGAUGGGUCUGGAGGAAGAGGAAGACAGUUCUGAAAGAAAUGUGUCCCGAAAGGCUCGUCCCGAGGUCAUCACCUUCACAGAGGAGGAGACGGCGCAGUUGGCCAAGAUUCGGCCGCAGGAAAGUGCCACCGUCUCAGAGCAGGUGCUGGUGCAGUCGGCCGCCGAGAAGGACCGCAUCAGCGAGAUGAAGGACAGGCAGGCAGAGCUGGAGGCCGAGCCCAAGCAUGCCAACUGCUGCUCCUACUGCCCCAAGAGCUUCAAGAAGCCCAGCGACCUGGUCAGGCAUGUUCGAAUCCACACUGGAGAAAAGCCAUAUAAAUGCGAUGAAUGUGGGAAGAGUUUCACUGUUAAAUCUACCCUGGACUGCCAUGUGAAGACUCACACAGGUCAGAAGCUCUUCAGCUGCCACGUCUGCAGCAACGCCUUCUCCACCAAGGGGAGCCUGAAGGUCCACAUGCGUUUGCACACAGGAGCAAAGCCGUUCAAGUGUCCCCACUGUGAGCUGCGUUUCCGCACGUCCGGGCGGAGGAAGACUCACAUGCAGUUUCACUACAAACCGGACCCUAAGAAAGCCCGGAAGCCCGGGCCCCGGGGGCCGCCGGAAGGGCCGCAGCCCGUGAGCGCGCCCCCUCCGCCCUCCUCCGACCCCAGCGUGUUCAUCAUGAACAGCCCCGUGCUGGCGGGGCAGCUGGACCAGAGUCUGCUGCAGCAGGGCCUGCUGGGCCAGGCCGUCCUUCCCGCCUCCGUGUCCGCUGGUGGCGACUGGACAGUGUCUUUGACAGAUGGAAGCCUGGCCACCCUUGAGGGCAUACAGUUACAGUUGGCUGCUAACUUGGUUGCACCCAGUGUUCAAAUCUCUGGGAUCGACGCUUCCAGCAUUAAUAAUAUCACGCUACAGAUUGACCCAAGCGUCCUGCAGCAGACGCUACAGCAGGGUAACCUGCUUGCUCCACAGCCGACCGUGGAGCCCGGCCUGGCCCCGCAGCACAGCUCCCUUCAGACACCAGACAGUACAGUCCCGGCCAGCGUGGUCCUCCAGCCCAUCUCAGGCCUGUCCUUGCAGCCCACGGUGACGUCUGCCAACCUGACCAUAGGCCCGCUCUCGGAGCAGGAUUCCGUGCUGACCACCAACAGCAGUGGGACGCAAGACCUCUCUCAGGUGAUGACAUCACAAGGCCUGGUGUCCACCUCCAGUGGCCCCCACGAGAUCACCCUGACCAUUAACAACUCGAGCCUGAGCCAGGUGCUGGCGCAGGCUGCAGGGCCCACCGCUGCGUCGUCCUCGGGGUCGCCGCAGGAAAUUACCCUGACCAUCUCCGAACUUAAUGCCACAGCUGGAAGCCUGCCUUUGACAACACCCAUGUCCCCAUCUGCCACAUCUGCCCAGAACCUGGUCAUGUCCUCAUCGGGAGUGGGGGCAGAGGCCAGCGUCACGCUGACCCUGGCUGACACUCAGGGUUUGCUCUCCGGGGGGCUGGACACGGUCACGCUCAACAUUGCUUCUCAGGGUCAGCAGUUCCCAGCCUUGCUCACGGACCCCACUCUCUCGGGCCCUGGGGGUGCGGGGUCGCCCCAGGUCAUCCUGGUGAGCCCCACUCCACAGCCGUCGGCAGCCUGUGAAGAAAUCGCCUAUCAGGUGACGGACGUGUCUCCUAACCUGGCCCAGGGUGGGCAGCCCGAGAAGGAGGGCCGGGUGCACCAGUGCCUGGAGUGUGGCCGCACCUUCGCCUCGGCCGCCCUGCUGCUGCACCACAGCAAGGAGAUGCAUGGCCGGGAGCGCAUCCACGUCUGCCCCGUGUGCAGGAAGGCCUUCAAGCGCGCCACGCACCUCAAGGAGCACAUGCAGACACAUCAAGCCGGUCCUUCCUUGAGCUCUCAGAAGCCGAGGGUGUUCAAAUGUGACACCUGUGAGAAGGCCUUUGCCAAACCAAGCCAGCUGGAGCGACACAGCCGCAUCCACACAGGGGAGCGGCCAUUCCGCUGCACCCUCUGCGAGAAGGCCUUCAACCAGAAGAGCGCGCUGCAGGUGCACAUGAAGAAGCACACGGGGGAGCGGCCCUACCGCUGCGACUACUGCGUCAUGGGCUUCACGCAGAAGAGCAACAUGAGGCUGCACGUGAAGCGGGCCCAUGGCCACGCAGGAGCCUUGCAGGAACCCGCCGGCCCCCAGGAGCACGGAGGGGAGGUGCUGAGCCGCGCGCUCCACCUGGACGAGGUGGAGCCGGAACCCGCGAGCGAGUGGCAGGCCCUGGCCAACGUGUUCUGA